AGUAUUUGUCAACUAAACAUCACUGUCACGAGAAUGUGUAACACGAACCCAACAGCCAUGGUCUUGCCGUAUGGACUUAAGGUAUCAACGCAGACACCAUAUCUACAUUUUGGAGUUUCUCCUAUGGCACUAGAUAUUCAGCGUGCACAACAGCUGUAUGAUUAUAGUACCCGUUUGCAGUAUGGACUUAGCAGAUAUCCAAAUGCUUUAGGACUAUCACCAUACCAUCCAAGUCCAGCUGAAGCUUACAUGCAGCACUAUUUCAAAGAUCCCAGGGCACGGUUCAUACACGAGGAACCAAAGCCAAACCAUAGUUAUAUUGGGUUAAUUGCAAUGGCAAUUCUAAGUGCCAGGGAUAAAAAGUUAGUUCUGAGUGACAUUUAUCAGUGGAUUUUAGAUAAUUAUCCCUAUUUUAGAGCAAGAGGGCCAGGAUGGAGAAAUAGCAUUCGUCACAAUUUGUCUCUUAACGACUGCUUUAUCAAAUCAGGUAGAAGUGCAAAUGGAAAAGGACAUUAUUGGGCAAUACAUCCUGCGAAUGUUGAUGACUUUCAAAAAGGAGAUUUUAGAAGGAGACGUGCACAAAGACGAGUACGUAAACAUAUGGGUCUAUCAGUUCCGGAUGAUGAGGACAGUCCUAGCCCGUCACCUACUUCAACUUCUCACACCUGGGAUGAUAACUCUAAUGAAAAUCUUGGGACCGACGAAAAAGUAAGUGAAGAAGAGGAGGACAUCAAAGUUGAAAUAAUAGAUGAAUCCGAGAACCAAAUUACUCAAAAUCAAAUCCCAAGACAGCAACCUACAACACGUAAGCGUCUUUUUGAUGUAGAAAGCUUACUAGCGCCUGAUGACAUUGUAAUCAAACGACCAACUGUUUUCGACAUUAGAAAUUUAAAAUUUCAUUCAUCAGUUGAUUGUUCUAGUUCUACGAGUCAUAAUUCACAGAGUGACAAUAACAGUGAACUUUCUGACAAUUCAGAGAAAGAAAACAUUGCAAACAGCAGUUGUGAAGAUAACGAUUGUACGGACAAUAAAGUUUCACAUACAGUAAAUUCUUUGCAAACUUAUUCCAACAUUGACACAAAGGACCCUAUUGUGAUCGCAAGUAGGCCUAGCGCAUUUCAAAAUGCACAUGCACGAGCUUGGAACUCCCUAAUGCCAUAUUUGGCAACCUAUCCAUAUAUUCGUAGACAGCAAGGAUUAGGAAACCCAAGCGCAUGUCCUAAUUCUUCAACAUUCGAAGGACUAACAACUGGGAACAUUUUUAAGUCUGCGUCUGAAUGAGAAACAAAGAUAUGAACUGUAUGAAUUGUUUAUGACAUAUGAAUGUAUUUAUUUAAUGCUGCACAUGUUAUUGUUGUGAAUUAUUAAAUUUUCUGAUUUUA